AUGAAUUUAGUUAAUAGGUUUAUUACAGAGACAGAGAUAUUACAGACACAAGUGAAUGGAGAUAUACCAGAUAUAGUAUUACUUGGGAAAUCUUACAAAGGAAAAGCCUUACCUCUUGAGUGUGGAGAGGAUACGGCCACGGCUCAACGAUUCUUUUCUGCAUUAUUUGUUAGAUCUUCCCAGAACAAUUUAACAUUUUUAAGUGAUCUGUCUAACAAACUACAUUUCACUUACAGGACUCGAUUUUCCCCUAUUCAAAGAGCAGAGAAUGGUCCAUCACCUAUGAAUUUCCAACGAUUUCUUCGCGAUAACCCUUUAAAUUCUAUCGAAAAUAUUGUGUCAAACCCUGAUUGUUUCACAACCGAUAUAGGAUGGGGAUGUAUGAUAAGGACAGGCCAAAGUUUACUGGGUAAUGCACUUCAAGAUGCAAAUCUUGGAAGAAACUAUAAUGAAGGAGUUGAGAUAGUUAGUGAUACACAGUUAAGGGUACGCAAUAAAAUUGUAGGGUGGUUUGAAGAUGAUAUUAAGGCCCCAUUCUCUCUCCAUAAGUUCGUUGAGAAAGGUGAACAAUUUAGUAAUAUGAAACCAGGUGAAUGGUUUGGUCCAGCAGCAACGUCAACUAGUAUUAAAAAAUUAAUCGAAGAUUUCCCAGAAUGCGGAAUUGAUAAUUGUAUUAUCUCUGUUUCAUCUGGUGACAUAUUCGAGAAUGAUAUCGAAACAAUAUUUGAACAAAAACAAAAUAGUAAAAUAUUGCUAUUACUGGGUGUUAAAUUAGGGAUAAAUAACAUUAAUAUGAAUUAUUCAGAUGAUAUCUUUGAAUUACUAUCAUCGAAAUACUCUGUAGGAAUUGCUGGAGGUCGACCAUCAUCUUCCUUAUAUUUUUUUGGAUACCAAGGCAAUGAAUUACUUUAUUUCGAUCCUCACUACCCACAACCUUGCUUAGAACCAUCUGUAUAUUCUACAUGCUGUUCCACAGAUUAUGGAAGAUUAAAUAUUACUGAUAUUGAUCCAUCGAUGCUUAUCGGAAUAUUUUUAGACGGUAGACAGGAUUGGGAAGAAUUUAAAAUAAAAUGUGAUAAAAUUCAAAUAAUUAACAUUCAAAAAAAUCAUUAUAGUGACAUUGAGGGAAAAUUUGAUGAAUUUGAUAUUAGUAGUAUGGGUUCCCAUGAAUCAAGUCAUGAAAAUGAUACACGUGAUAUUUCACGAAACGAUUAUGUAGAUAUUGAACCUUUGGUUAGAGGACAAAAUUAUAAUACAAUUCAAGUAGAUGAGUCAUUUGAGAAACUCAAUUACAAGACUCAAAAUAUUAUGAUUUUCCAAAACCAGUGUAGUGCCAAAGACACAUCUGACUUACAUUACGAUAUAGAAUCAGUACUAGUAGCAAACGAUACAACAAAUUUCCCUAACACCUGA